AUGAAUGAUCCGUCUGUGGAAUUGGACUGUCCUCCUGACCAUGACUACUGCAACAGUACUGAACCUGCUACGCUGGAUAUGUCCCUUGAACACAAUGAAGAACUUGGUGUAGAGAUAGCAAGGCUCCGAAAUCAAAUUAACUAUCAGCAGCAAGUUCUGCUUGGAGCGGUUUGCUGGAUCUGAUGAUGACAUAAGGUUUUUCACAAGGUAAAUUAAAAUGUCCAAUGUGUUUAAUAUAUAGGCCUAUGUAUUUGAGCUGUCAACAAUGAAUAUUAUUAUUAUCUGUUUAAAUGUUGCAUGUGUGAUGUGUGUUGUUGUAAGCUACUGGAAACCUUUAAUUUCCCUCGGGAUGAGUAAAGAAUCUAUCUAAAACUAUCUAGAUCUAGGCUAUCUACUAUCACAUUAAUUGUAUUUUAAAAUACUGAGAAGAGCAGUAAGCAAAAGGACUGAUGUGUGCGUGGUCCAGUUUCUGAACUUAGUGCCAAAUGUUCUAAGAUGUUGUAUAACUGUCAAUAAGGAUGCUAACAUGCUUGCAAUUUAAUGGUGUGUAUGAACACUUAACAUAUAGAAAUGUAUCACGUAUGUCCCACAGGUUUGCAAGUCAUGCCCACCUGAUGGCCUUUUGGAAGCAGAUAGAGCCAGCCACCUGCAAGAUCAUACGGGUGACAAAAACACGAAGUGUAGCAAAGACUGAUGAGGUCCCUCACACUGGCAAUGCAAUGGUGAAUAUAUUUUACAGUUGUUCUUACAAAGCAAGAUAUAUUGCAUCAUCUUAUCAUCUUGAAAGUUAAGCCAGUAACAAUCUAUUUGUGCAAUGAGGUAAUAAUGGAAUUCUUACUAUUUUCAGGUUCUUCAACCCAUUGACACAUUUUUUCUCUUCAUGAAUUACUUGUCAUUGGGUCUGAUGCAGAAGGAUCUGGCCCACAGAUUCAAAAUCCACCAGUCAACUGUAAGCCGCAUCAUAAAUACAUGGGAUAACUUCCUGUAUACUGUACUAGGGGCUGUG